GAAAUUGACUUAAAAUGGACUCUGAUGUCAAGAAGAUGAGAAAAUCUGUGCACAACUCUAAACUUGGUGGCAUUCAAGACACCCAGCAGGACAUAAACGGACCAAUUCCGGAUCAUUUAGACACCCUUCAGCCAGAAACCACCAACAGUGAAAUGCAGUCACGUGAUAAAGAGCUUUUUAGCCAGUGGAAGAAAGGACAACAGCUCCCAUCUGCUAAAUCACAGUGUGCUGCAGGGGAUGCUAGUCUUGAAAACAGGUUUUUCAAAGUCCGCCAGGGUUUACUUCAAAAAUCAAAUGGAAAUGCCACUCAAGAUUUGAAUGAACAGGCAAUGGAAUCCUUGCACAGAAUUCUAGCAGGAGCAGAUCUGAUGAAGAAAGAAGAGGCUACGAUGAGUAUCCUUAGGUCAAAAUAUGACUUUCAGAUGGAUCAUAAAUCAUUACAUCUGCCCUUUGGUUACUUGGUAAGGUCUAAUUCAUCAAGAUCUGUUGAAUGCUCCUCAAACACACCCAAAGUUCUUUUGAAAGAAAUGUCAAAGGGCAGAGAAAAAGGCAGAGGUGACAAAAUUUCUUUCAAGAGCAAACAUUUUGACUUCUUUGAAGUUGUGAAGGAACAACUCCAGCAAAAGGAUUUGGAAAAUCAACAUGUUGUCCGUAUGUUGUUGGUGAAGCAACAAGAACUUAAAGAUAUGAAAGAAAUAUUAAAGCAUAAUGACAAAGAAACCCAACUUCUAGCUGAAAAGCUGAAAUGCGAGGAGCAGAAAAACGCAGAGGUCACCACCAGGUUUGACCACAUUUGUGAAGAUAUGAAGAAGGAACUUGAUGAAGCUAAGAGUAACAACAAAACUUUGAUGAAGCAGCUGAAGGCACUGAUGGAAAAAUACGAGCGCCUCAAAACACGUGCCAAGACAUUGAAGGACCAACUCGGCGAGGAGCUCAUUGAGAAAAAGAACUGUCAGAAAUCCUUAAAGAAGCUUCAGCAGAUGUCUCAAGAGCUGCUAACCAAGCAGAAACUUCUAGAGGAGCAAAGAGAUGUAGCAGGACGAGAUCUUGCUUUGUGUAACGAGACGCUGCAGAUGAUGGAUGCCGAGCACAAGAAGAACAUCAGCGUUAUUCGGAGACUUGAGGAGGACGUGUCAGCCUUGAGAAGUGAAGCUGCAAACUUCAGAGAUCAUUUACGGAAAGCUCAGGAGAAGAACAAGGAGCUCAUUCAGUCGACCUGCUCCAAAGAGUCUGACCACGAGAAGAAUGUUAAACAGUUUCAGGACAGGAUUGAAAAUCUGAACGUUGAAUUGAAGAAGUGCCAAACUGAACGAGACAUGACACUUCAGCAGGUGGAGACUAUGAAAUAUGAAUCGAAGUUGAUUCACAACAAGCAGAGAGUCGAGAUACUUCAACUGAAGGAGCAGCAAAAAGCCUUUCUGCAGCAAAAUGAAGCUUUGAGAAGAGAGUGUGAGAGUUUGAUGGAGAUGGUCAACAAACUCAAGACAGACAAGCAAGUCCUGGCGGAGAAGAUGGAGGCUAUUCAUAAAGAUAAGAUGGUGUCGGAGAUGGCAAGCACCAAGGAGGGAGAACGACUCAAAGAGGCCAUUGGUUUGCUGGAGCGAGAGAGAGAAGUGCUGUUAGCAGAGAUGGAAGACUUGCGUAAAGAUUACCUUGGGAUCAGUGACAGGAUUAUGCAGAAAAUUGGCCACAUUGAUGCAGCUGAUCCUCCAAUGACCAUCACUGACAUCACUACAAGUCGUCAAAGAAACGCACUUAAGUUCUCUCCAACCGACGAUGUGAUUCAAGAUAUAAGAAGAAAACUAGAAGAGGAGAAUCAGCAAAAAUGAUCUUUUUAAGACUUCAGGCA